GCUGAGGUCCAUUUUUGAACCAGUGCAGGCCUCAAAGCUUAGAAGAUUCUGGGACUCUGGGAUGGGCUACCUGCUGUCUUUCUUACUGACCUUUGCUGCUGUACUCCAGGAUCCUGUCCACUCGCAGCAAUGCUCCUUGGAGAGCCCUUCACUGACCCUUAAAUUUGCUGAUGUGGGUGCCGAGCAGCGGAUUCCUGUCCACCACCGCCUCCCUGGACCUAUGGAUCCCCUCUAUGGCCUUGUCCAGAGCUACCUUGAUAUGGUUCAACAGAAUCCUUUCCCCACAGAGAUAUUGAGAGAUGCCUUGAAUGACCCACCCACUGCUUACACUUCUCAGAUCCUCCAGUAUCAAGCGGGAUACAUCAUCUGUGCCACAAUCGCUGCCAUAUAUUUUGUGGCGGUGCCCGUGGCUGGGUUGAGCCUCUGUUGCUGCGGGAGACACAGGCGCUGUGGGGGCCGGGUCAAGGCCUACCGCCGCUCCCUCCUGUGCCAACGCAACUUCCUCAUGCUCUGCUUGCUUCUGACCACACUUGUCAUCCUGGGCGGCGUUAUCUGCGCUUUUGCUGCCAAUCAGAAGGUGAAAGAAAGGAUGGAGCCCGGCGCUCGAGACGCACUGAGCACUCUGCAGGCUUUGAGGCACCACGUGAACGGAGUCCACCGAGGAGUUCAGCUGACCGUGAAGGAGUUUCCCAAAGAGCAAAUCCUCAGUGACCUGAACAAUGUCAGCUGGAGCAUUGGGAGCACGAUCCACUUCGUACUCAAGGAGACUGUAUAUUCUGCCAUGGCUGCUAUGCAGGGGAGAGUGCAAGACCUACAGAACUCCCUGCACCAUUUACAGACGAUCAACAAGACUGUGCAGACACUGACCCGGUACCAGGCUGAGCUGGAAUCAGAGCUGAAGGACCGGAAGCAAAGCAUCAAUUCUGUUCUAGAAGAUGCACGCUGUACCUACUGCAUUAGCGCCGUGAGCAGAGCGGAGAGCUUGGAGUUGGAUGCGAACUACCAGAAAGUACCUUCAGUUGAAAGCAUUUUGAAAACCUUGCAUGGACUCCCCAAGGCUGAUUUCUCAGAAAUGAUUUACCGGGCCAAUCGCAGUUUCAACUCUAUCCCAGAACUAGCUGUGGUGAAGAUGGCCGAGGUCGUUCGAGACCUCAAAGACGAAAUAGAGAAAGCUGCUCAAAAGGUCCAGUCCAUUGCAGAUGACUUCCCAAUCUCAGAUCACACCCGUCCCAUGACAGAUGCCCUGAUGAAGGCAGAGAACAGCAGCCGGCCUUACUUUAAGGAGGUGAAACAUUAUGAGAGAUACAGGUGGAUUGCAGGUGUCAUCGCAUGUACUGUGGUUCUGUUGAUUGUCUUCUGCAAUAUCCUGGGGCUUUCCUUUGGCAUUUAUGGGCUGACUGUGCGGGAGGAUCCCAGUGACUAUGAAAGCAGGGGAGAAGCUGGCGCCAAAUUACUCAUGACUGGUGUUGGCUUCAGCUUCCUUUUCUCCUGGCUACUGAUUCUCUUGGUUUUUGGCACUUUUAUGGUUGGAGGAAAUGUCCAGACCUUGCUGUGCAAGCACUGGGCCAAUCAGGAGAUAUACAAGUUCAUUGACACACCUGGCAAUCUGCCGCCUUCCAUGAACGUCACCCAGCACCUGGGCCUGAAAAAGAACCUCAAUGUGACUACCGCUUAUCAGCAAUGUAAGAAUGGUGCUGGUCUCUGGGAAGUUUUGCAGGUGGAAGACAGGUACAGCCUUAAUGAACAUCUCACUGUUGCUAAGUACACAGCUGAGUUUGAGAAACGUCUCAACAACGUCAACAUCCGCUUUGAAGACAUCGUUUUGUUAAAUGCAGAUGGGAAGGAGGACCUGGAGACCUUCCGAGACAGCAGGAUUGACCUGAUAGACUACGUUGCCUUCACAGCAGAGAUACGCAAACCCGUGGUGAGGACAAACGUCCAGGGUUUGGCAGUGGAUCUUGAGAGACUAAGCAACGUCCAGAGCAACAGAACUUUGAAAGAACGACUGGCUGAUGAAGCCGAGAAGCUCCAAAAAAUUCACCAUAUGACAGUCAACACGAUGGAGGACCUUGUGGCGAAGCUGAAAGAAAGUGUCCAGUUCUUAUCAACGAUGGCACCAGGUCUCCAGGCUCUGAUAAACCAUACUGAGUCCCAGAUUGGCCUCGUGGAGACCAUUCUCCCCAUACAGACUCAGAGGAUCCUGAGACAGGAGUUGGGUUGCUUUAUCAGAAAAGAGGUGGCGUACAUCUCCCAGUACCUGAAUUGGCUGAAGAGGGUGCUAACUGAGGAUGUUGCUUCGUGCCGACCCUUCUCCACUGCUCUAGACAAUGGCCGGGUGAUCUUAUGUGAUCACAUUGUGGAUCCCUGGAAUGCCUUCUGGUUCAGCCUGGGCUGCUGCACCUUCUUCCUCAUCCUCAGCAUCAUCUUUGCCAUCAAGACCACCAAGCACUUCCGUCCCAUCAGGCACCGACUAGUUUCUACCGGAUCGGAGGAAACCUAUCCUUUCCACAUUCCACGUGUGACGUCUCUGCGGCUGUAGGAAGUCUCUGCACCAAGAUAUCCAGGAAUCAACCUGGAGAAGUGUCCAGAUCCUUCCAAGAUUUGGGCCUCCAUCCCCACCACGAACGCUCCAUCCAUGGGGUU